AGAACAUAUGCUCUUCAUAUCCAUUCGCAACCGGGAUUCUCAUAUCCAUCUGAUUCUGUAAACACAGUCGGCUCUGAUCUGAAUAUUACGUUUAUUUCCCGUUGUACAUAUGAUUUAACCUGAGCAAAGGAUAUCUAAGAGCGACCAGUGAAACCAGUGAAAAAGCGAUUUUAACACGAAUUGUGAACUCGGUAUCGUUAAUAUGUAACACUGAGGUACAUAACUUAUCAACAGAAGAACUUGUACAAAACUACCAAAUUCAAGAUAAUGGGUCACCCACCAGUGGACCGAGUAACUUUAGCUCUACUAAAUCCAAUUAUUUUCCGAAAAAUCUGCAACUCUUCUCACCUCCGGGGAACAACGUUACGACUCGUUUGCAAAGAAUGGAACGACCUCGUCCUGUCCCACCCAGAGAGGAAACUAGUCCUGAAGUUACACAAUUUUUCCAGCGCGGAUGGUUGCUGUGAUCCCUUAAACUUUCAACUAUUCUGCGCCGACAUGGACCCCCGACUUGCGCGGAAUGUCCGCCUCUGGAAGGACGGAUGUCACUCGAUUGCUCAUCUCACCGGGAAAGAAGCAGGAUUAGAGCAACACUAUAAAUCAUCAAUGUCGCGAUUUUUUCAUGUUUGCGAAAAAUUUAGCGAAUACGUGCACUCCAUCGAAAUUUUGUUACAUUUAAGUAUGAUACCCGUUUUGUAUGAAAUUCUGACAAGGUAUUGUCCAAAUUUGGAAAGGUUGCGGAUCCGCGAGUGGAAUGGGAGGUCGGGAGUCAGAAAUGCGCUUAAUGACGAGGUGGACCGUGUAUUAAGUCGACCACUUCUGGUUAGAAGAACGUUAACCGGAUUAAAUGUGCACACCACGCAAAGGGAGGAUGGCAGACCUUUGCUGGUUAAGAUAAUGACGGAGCUUAUCGUAAAAUCUGCACCAAAUUUAGAAACACUGGUCAUUCCUGGACAUCUUAAAUUUAAGUCGGAAUGGCCACCAGGAAUUGCAGUGGUUAAGACUUGAUUAAUAGAAAAACGUUAUGGAAGAUUAAUUUGUAUUUUAAAAAUAACUUGUUGAUCUCACUACCAAAGAAACUAUUUAGUAUUUAUUGUUAAAAAUCUAGUAUAGCCAUGCAUGUAGGUAUAAUUAUCUCGGUAUUAAAAUUGCUACCGCUUUGUAUUCAAAUUAUCGGUCAGAAAAAUUUGCUAAGGAUAUGGUAAAAUUUUAAUACCGAGCUAUUAAAUACAUGCACCGUAUUACUUAUCAAUACCAAGACUUUGGUGGAGUCAUAUAUGAAUACCACCAAGUAAAACUGAAUUUCGAAUAGUUUUGUUAUAAAAUUUAAUAUUAAAUGAACAGAAAUACAGUUAAUUUCUUAUAUGUAUUAUAUCUUGAAAAUUUGAAAAUAUAAGUUAAAUUAAAAUACAAUUUUUUAACGUGUUAAAUUAAACGUGUUUGGAUUAAAUUGUA